UCCGCCGCCACGCACCAGCUUAACGUCGCGCGCGCCGUCGCCACGUCGUCGCGGCUCUGCCCGUCUUCCAGGUCAGGAUGAGCUUGAUAUCCCAGAACGCGGUCCAGAAGCGCCGCCUGGAGAAAGCCGGAGCCGAUGAUGACAGCGACGAGGGCACUGGUUCCCCUGUUGCUGCUUUGGAGGAUGCAGAGGUUGGGAAGAAAGCCAGGUCACACCAUGACCGGAAGAGAAAGAAGGACAAGGAGCUCAAGGCAAGGCUGAGCCACGAGGCGGAGGAGAUGAAGCAGCUGGAGGAUUCGCUGUUCGGUGCCAUCUACGCCCCGCCGCAGUUCGGCACUGAGGUUGGCGCUCCCUUGCCGGCUCGGGGCCAGGAUGGUCCUUUGUUCUUCAUGGAUCGCUCUGCCGGCGAUGACGACCUGCCCGUUUACGAGGAGGACCUGGCCAGCAACAAUGAGAUGGUCGAUAAGGGGAGGAAGCCUGCGUGGGUGGAUGACGAGGAGGACAGGACUGAGGUGGACAUUGUCAAGGUUGCGAGGCUGAGGAAGCUGAGAAAGGAGGCUGAUGAGCGUGUCAUCUCGGGCAGAGAGUAUGAAGCUAGGCUGCGCGGUCAGCACACCAAGCUGAACCCCUUCACUGGCUGGGCAGAUAUGGACCGCAAAGUUCCUCUCCUGGAUGCUGAAUCUGAUGAGGAGGAAGGCGGAGUUGACAAUACUCUUCGGAACAAUGAUGAGCUUGUUGUCAAGGGUACUGCUAAGCUCCUGCCUGGCAUGCUGGACUUCUCAAGGCUUGUUAAUGCUAAUGCACAGGAUCCAUCCAGUGGUCCUAUCAAUUCAGUCCAGUUCCAUAGAAAUGGACAGCUCAUGCUUGUUGCUGGUCUGGACAAGCAUCUAAGGUUUUUCCAGAUUGACGGGAAGAGAAACCCCAAGAUCCAGAGCAUUUUUAUCGAUGAUUGCCCAGUUCACAAGGCAUCCUUUCUACCCGAUGGCUCUGAGGUGAUCCUUUCAGGCAGGAGGAAGUUCUUCUAUUCGUUUGAUCUGGUCAAAGCUGCUGUUAGCAAGAUUGGACCCUUGACUGGGCGUGAGGAGAAAAGCCUGGAAAGCUUUGAGAUAUCACCUGAUUCAAAAACCAUUGCAUUUGUUGGUAACGAGGGGUACAUUCUUUUGGUAUCUACCAAAACAAAGCAGCUCAUUGGAACCCUAAAGAUGAAUGGGAAUGUGCGUUCGUUGGCUUUCGCGGAUGGUGGGAACCAGCUACUGAGCAGUGGUGGGGAUGGCCAUGUUUACCACUGGGAUCUUAGAACAAGGAAGUGCAUGCACAAGGCUACUGAUGAGGGUUCCCUGACAGGCCUCUCUCUCUGCACCUCUCCGGACAGCUCCUAUUUCGCUACAGGUUCCAGCAGCGGCAUCGUAAAUGUGUACAAGAGGGACGAGUUCCUUGGAGGGAAGCGCAAGCCACUGAAGACGAUUGAAAACCUAACAACUGACAUCGGUCAAAUGAAGUUCAACCACGACGCCCAGAUUCUGGCAAUAUGCUCUGGGAAGGAGAGGAACGGCAUGAGGCUCGUGCACGUCCCAUCCUUCACCGUGUACCAGAACUGGCCAGGGCCUCGGUUCAGCCUUCAGUAUCCAAGGUGCCUCGACUUCAGCCCUGGGAGCGGGUUCCUCUCCGUCGGACAUGCCGGCGGAAAAGUUUUGCUGUACAAGCUGCACCACUACCAGAACGCCUAGGACUCGGCUCCAGUUUUGACACUGUACUUUCUGCUUCCAGUAAACUCUUGUGUUAUCUGUAGCGUGAUUCUUCUUAAUCCUUUUGCCUUAUGAGUGGUGUUGUCACAGAUACUUUAAUGCUCAAUGCAAUGCCCUGCUCGUUUUUA